AUGGCAUCACAAGACGCCCUGGCGCUUGCAAGGGUCGAAGAGUUAAUAAUAUCGCUGUACCAACCAAAUCCGCCAGAGGUGAUUGCAAGCACGCAGGCGGAGCUGGCCCGAAUACAGAAUUUACCGGAAGCAUGGACACUGUCAAAGCAGCUACUCAGCCGCACAGAUGAGAAGGUUCAAUUCUUUGGAGUGCUCACCAUCAUUAUCAAGCUCAACACGGAAAGUACGCCGAUUCUAGACGAAGGAGUGAUAGAGCUACUGCUCUGUCUAAUAGGAUGGUACAUGGAACUGCUGAGAAAGGACGGAAGCCGUCUUGUCACGAGGAAGCUCGUAUCUGCGUUGUCAAUAUUCUUUCUCCGAUAUCACACAAUCUGGCCGCGCUUCCUCGACCACAUCGGAGUAUGUCUAGCGAACAACCAGACAUGUCGCCCGGAUGCCGUGGACCCCAGCCUGCAGAUGAACAGUGUUCUAGAUAUGCUAGGGCAACGUCAAAUCCAGGCGCUUUUGUGGGUAGCCACGCACGUCGCAGAUGAUGUUAUGCGGCUUGACCCGAACUCCGUGAAGAACGCGACACCGUACAAGGCAAUACUGGAUAACAGAGAAAGCUUCAUAACGGUGAUGGAAAAAUGCUUCCAAAGCAGCGGCGUCCCUGUGCCCAUCCUUGAGGACGGGAUCAAAUGUCUACAGCCUGCAAUUAAGUCGUGGAUUAUUUUCACGCAAAAGGCGUCAACUCAAGGAAGCGAUGCCAUCAACCUCGCGAGACCGCUGUUAGGGAAUGUCAUCGAGCUCCUGGCGGUUGAUGCCGUGUACGAUGCGUCGGCGGAGCUUCUUAUCGAAGUUUUAUCCAACAGCCCAUCACUCCUCACCUCAGAUCAUUAUCAGCUUUUGGAAAUACUGUUCCAAAGUCCAUGGGCGGCAGGGUUUUACCGGCGGAUGGCGGAGGGAGACUUUGCAUUCGAGUCGACACAGUUUGCUCAGCUGCUCCUGGCCUUUGUUGAAACGAGAAUGCCCCUUCUCGUGCAGAGCUGUCAUGCAGAUAGCUCUGAGAUAUUAUCCCAUCUUUGCGACCUUCUUCUCGCCCAAGGCUACCCCGUGGUAGAUGACAGGAUCUUUGUCCCCAUUGUCGAAUUUUGGUCCUCAUUCGCAGAGACGAUACCAGAUUAUCUUGUUGCUGACUCAGUCGAAGAACAGCCGUGGAAAAGUUCUGCAUUUGCUUUGUUACUGAAGGCAUGCUCUAAUGCAUGGCAGAAGAUCAUCUACCCAACAACUGACGAAGUAGCAGACUGGGAUUCCAACGACAGAGUAGGCUUCGCCUACUCCCGAAAAGAUGUCAUUGACCUUCUUCAGUCUGUCUAUGCCUUGAUAGGCCCACAACUGUUGGCAACCUUUGCCGAAACCGUGAUACUGUCACUAAAUGAGUCCGCAUGGAUGCGACUUGAGGCAGCUGUGUACUGUCUCGGGGGCCUGGCCGAUUGCUGCCAAGAUGAUGGUCGCUGUGACAGCUUCUUAGCCACAGUUUUCCAUUCACAACUUUUCACAAUACUGCAAAAUGAUCAAAUUUUCGUACCAAUACGAACUCGACAAGCUUGCCUUCAGUUGAUCGAACUGUACACCGAAUACUUCGAAAGGAACCCAAUUUUGCUGCCCACAGCGCUUGAGCUAUUGUUUUCUACGCUUGGAGAUAGGGCUAUGGCAUCUGCGGCGUCGAAAUCGAUACUGCGACUGGCAUCUUCCUGCAGAGCUCACCUACAUACGGAAAUGGAUGCUUUUUUGAAAGCAUAUGUGCAGGUCGUUACCCUGCAGCAACUCGAUUGCGCAACAUGCGAGAGAACGAUCGAAGCCCUGGCUUCGGUUGCUCAAGCUAUACCCAACCUAGCGGUGCGAUACUCCAAAUACGGGCAGAUUCUGGAGUUUAUGGAAAUAGAAAUGCAAAUAUGCCAACGACUCGCGAGUGCACAGGGAGGAGACGGCAGUCAAUUUUCUCAGCUGGCUUGCCCGGAUACACUACCAGAGGAGCGCCCCAGUCUUCAUAUUGCACUCAGGGUGCUGAGGUGCUUGACCGGUAUGGGAAAAGGCGUGCAAGCUCUUUCUGAAAAUGCAAUUGAUCUUGAGUGUGAAGAACAAGCUGGUAUACCCCAAGAUGGCGUUCUACCAGGAAUUCAAAGACGGAUUGUCACUGCUAUAGUCGAGCUUCAAAAAAUGUUUCCGACUAGCAGCGAAAUCACGGAUCAAAUCUGUCACGUACUGAGAACCGGAUUUUCCGAAACCGAACCAGGACCCUUUGUUCUCCCAGCCUCAGAGGUUGCUCAAUAUCUGACCUCACAUUCAUUAGCCACGCCGCGAGUAGGGUUGUUGAUCAAUACUGCGUGUUCAUUUAUUAGCUCAAUACGUGGAAAAGACAACCAACACAAUAUCCUAUCGGCUGUUCUGGCUUGGGUUAUCGGGCUUUUGAGGCAGUUUCCCUGCACCAGAGAAAAUCCCAUGGCCACAGGGGUAGAACCGCUGAUAGACAUCUCAGCCGACCCUGAGGUUGCGCAGAAUGCUAUUGAAAUCUCCAACCGGAUACUAACCAAGUACCCGUCCGUCAUUCUUCAUAUCCAACCUGCAGAUUUGGCGGACUUCUUUUUUCUCUUUGCAUUGCAGGCCCUGGACGGAAGUGAGCCCUUGCCCAAGGCAGCGGCCGCAGAAUUCUGGGCAACAUUUGUCAACGUGAGAAGCAGUGAUGAAAGCUUUCAACACGCCCUGUCCGGUGCCAUGAACACGCUUGGCCCCCUCCUUUGCCAAUGCCUCGCAAGAAAUAUCGGAGGGAACGCUUCCCGCAGCGAGCUGGACAAACUUAGCGAGCCUCUGAAAAGGCUGAUCAACAGGCAUAUGAAAGCCAAAGAAUGGCUAGAAGCUGCUCUAAACCACCCUUCAUUCCCAAGCACAAAGGUCUCGCAGACGGAGAAAGCAAUGUUUGUUAAGAAAGUGGCAAGGUUCGGGGCCAUUUGCUGA